AUGAAAAGGACGAAAGAGCUCUCCCCACCUUCUCCCUCCACGAACUCUAGUGACAAUCACUCAGUCCCCGUACCCGUCCACUCCCCGGCCCAGGGUGUGAAAAGCUGUGGAGUCGAGGUCCACACCACAGUGACAACUCGGAGCACCACGUCACGGGGCCGUGAUUGCCAACCUAACACAGUCGGAUCUGCUCCAGGAGGGCGGCCCGCGAGCGAAGACGCUGCAGAACCUUGGGACUCCUCCGCCGUGGCGGGUCCCCAGUGGGUGAGCCCCGACUGCCCCUCCCCGGCCUCCGUCCACGCAGGGCCAGGCCUCAGGCGGCGCAGACCCAGAUCCCACGGCCCAGCUCCCCACCCCCACCGCCCGUCGCCGCGGCCUAGUCAAAAGCCCAGCAUCUCCCCAUCCGGCGGCUCGUCGACCCCGCGCGACCGCCGUAACCCCGCGGCUCGGGGCCCAGGCCGCUACCUGGCUCCGAGGGGCGGGGGCCGGCAAGGAACCGUGGGACCGUCGACUACCGGUCCAGACAGCCGCUGCCGCGACGGCUCCACCGAGUCCUUGGCUGACGUGGAAGGGGGCGGGGAGACCAGCAAGGAUGCAGCUACAGAGCCUCUACGGAGACCCAGAGAGGACAAACCUCUUCCGUCCUGCGCUGCUCCCUGGAACGUCUUCUCAAAUUGCCAGACUGGUCUUGAGAGGUGGUCUUCAGUUUCCGAGAAGCUGGAAUUACCACAUGGAUACAUACUAUGUAUAAAAAACCUGCUAACCUCACUUGGGGAACACAGAAUACAAAUUGUUUUCUCAUCUACCUGGAAUGCAGCUAUUCUGACAAUUCUCUUUUCUGGAAACAUCGAGUUUAAAAACAAAUCCCCUUGCACUCAAAAUAUACCAAAGAGGCUACAUAUUUCCAGCAGUUAGAAGAGCUUCCUCCUUGAAUUUUGAUUUUAGACAGUCUUACUGCCCAGGCUGGCCUUCAACUCUCUCUCAAUCUACUUCUUUCCAGUCUUAGACUCCCAAGUGCUGGGAUUACAAGCAAGUGCUAUCACAUCUGGCUUGUGCAUUUUAAAAGAUGUUUUGUAUCUAGGUAAUUGUAAGACAGCAUGCUUCUG